UGUGGGGGGGUGUUGAGGGGAGAGCUCGUCCCGGCACCGUGGCAAGCCGAGCACGUCGUUUAGGCAAACCCAGACGUGCGCCCCGCAGAGUGUCCGUGUGCGAGAGGGCGGAGGGGCGAACAGGAAAACGGGACGACCAAGGGACCGGGGUGGAAAGAGGCAGCAGCUGAGUGGGGAAACGCGGCUGGGUGUAGCGGCGUCCGGGGAAGAGGGGCCGCGUGGGAGGGCAAGCUGAAACGGGACACGAUGUGUAAUGGAGACACGAGAAUCCGUCCCCGGUGCUGGGCCGUCCUGGGGGAAUGGGAGGAGCGGGCUCCCUUCGGAGGAUAAUAAACUCUGGAAUGAGGGUGUGGGCUGCUGCGCCUCUCCCCUUCCCCCCCCCUCAUUCCACAUGCAUGAUGACACCACGUCCCACCAUCUCGCUGGCUUCUUUUUCUUUCUCUCUUUUUUUUUUUUUUUUUUUUCUCUCUUUCCCCAAAAAUCGUAUUUUGAGGACAACCAAAAGUAGAACGUGUUCUGGGUGUGGCUGCAUGUGAUUUACCCAAUAGCCAAAGUGGGGGGAACCGCUGAAGGAGAAGGACAGAGCGUCUGCUGCUGAAGGGAGCGGAGACAGAGGGCUGCAGGAUGAAGACCUCUGGAGCCUGUGUACUGUUGUGUCUCUUAGCACUGUCCCUGUCCCCAGCUGACUGGUUUCCGUGGGUGGUCAAUGGGCAAGAACCAGAAAGUGCAACUGGUGAAGUUAGCACCGGCUCUCUUAUCAGCACCUCUGCUGCAGCUGUCACACCACCUGUGCUUCUUAGUCCUGUUCAGUCUGACAGCGAAACUACAACAGCUUCAUCAGAUUGUCGUGAAGAAAAGUUCCCUUGCACACGCCUCUACUCUGUUCACAAACCAGUGAAGCAAUGUAUCAGCUACCUCUGUGUUACAAGUGUGCGUCGCAUGUACAUAAUAAACAAGGAGGUGUGCUCUCGCAUUGUCUGCAAGGAGAAUGAGGUCAUGCAAGAUGAGAUCUGUCGCCAGCUGGCUGGCCUUCCUUCUCGACGUCUCCGCCGAUCUGGGCAACCGCUGCCUCUCCCUUGCAGACAACUCCUGGAGCAGCAGCGCAGAAGGCCUGAUGCUCUGUGAGCUACCAACAGUAGGAGAGAAAAAGGAAGGGAAAGAAGAGAAAUCAUCAUCCACUAUCUACAGCCCAAGACAAGUCCUUCUUUUUUGUGAUUUCCCCACCGUUUCCUUGCUUGUCUGCCUUCCCCCACAUCCUCUUCUUCAGGUGCUGCAGUACACAGAGUCCUCUCUCUGCUAGUCUGUCAUGGUGGCUGUUGUCAUCUUCUGAAUCUGUUGCUGAGGAUAUGGGAUGCUCCCCUCUUUUUUCCCAAACUGUUUGAGAGGCCACCAACUGCUCAUUUCCCAGAGGUCCUUAUAAAUGUCCUGCAUCUUCUCUUACUUUGCCCCUGAAGAGACAGACAUGGGAACAAGAUUUAGUCGUCUCUAGUGGUACAGAUGCCCUAAACUGCGUCAUAGGUGGAAGAGUGCAAACCUUUUUAUGCCCUAGGACUCCUGGCCUAGGUUUCUUGCAUGGCAUCAGUAUGAUGUAGUCAGCCUGAGCCUCUCCGGUCCUCCCGAGCCAGUGAGUUUGCUGUGUCAUAGCACAGCCUGCUCCUGUGUCUGCUGGCCUCAGAAAAGUGACAGAACUGAGAGAUGAGCUGUCCUCAACCCAAGGCAAACCUCAUUGUCCCUGUAUGUCAGCAGAUCAUUUAUAACUACCUCUGGGAAGUUCUUUGUCUCAAGCCCAUUGCCUCCCUCACACACAACUGCUACCAAAAAGAAGAAUUCUGGAUUUAGUAUGGCAUUAUAUUUUUCUCAAGAUUAUGUUGGAACAGACUGCUGCCUCUUCCUCUCCCUCGUCUCCUCUCCCUCAUUCUGUUGCUCCCACUGAAGAAAUCUCUUGAUGCCCAUUCCAGGCAAGUUCCAGGGAGCAGUCAGUAUGGCUGUCACAACUCCUAAGCCCAAGAGAACCAAUGAAGAACCUGUGUGUCCUUGCAGUACUGGGAACUUGCAAUGAAUUAGCUUGUCCUAGUGACCUGUUCUGGCCUGGCUACCUCCGCACUCUCCAGUUGCUGAGCCUCCUUUCAAUAUCUCCACUUGAGUUUCUACAUCCUGACCUGAGAGAUGCUGCAUAAAGCAGAAAGGAGUCACAAAUUGGCAUGGGGUGUGGGAGAAUAAUCGCUAUCGGGGAACCCUGGGUUUUCCUGCAGGUUCUCUGGCUGUGCUGGCACAGAGCCAGGUGCUGGUGUGGAGGUAAAUGUAUCUGCAGGUAUGAGCACUUAUAGAGGCAGGCCAACCUGGGGAAAAGAAUUCGCUCUAGUAGCACUGGAUGUCCGUGGUCUGCUCGAGAACUUAGUUUUACAGAUACAGGGAGAACAUUUCCAGGUGUGUGGGCAGUUUUCACUAUAAGACUGGGUAGGGUAAAUGGGGAAAAGAUGUCUGAAGUAUAUUAAUCACUCUGUGUGAUUCUUAGUGGCAUGAUUGUGUGGGGCACUGGAGAUGAGCUGCUUAGCAGACUUCAGCAGAUCAGCAAGACUCUGUUUCUAAGAUCUCUGAAGUGUUGUUCCCAAUUAACAGAAAGCCAGUUUGACAGAGUAGGCAUUCACCCCUGCCACACAAUAUACUCUGCUGCUGAACUGAGUACUGUUUGGCCUUGCAGGAGCACUGGUCUGCUGCACAGAGCCAGGGUCAGACAAUAUAGGGGACAGUGCUGCACAGAGGCAGACAUGUCCAAAAAAAAGAGAGCAGAGCAGGGUAUGAUCCUCUCCCCAGGACUCAGAUUUCUGCUAUAUGCAGCAAAAAGCUGGUUACAUCCUUUGUGUAGGGGAAGACCUCCUGUGCAGACACAGCUUUAUUCCAUAUAAGGUCAAAAUUAGCCAUAUAUGGGCUAAAUCUCUCUAUAUUAACCUAGUAUACAGGAGAAAGAAUUCCAAGUUAUGCGUUGACUGGAAUUUUAUCCUCUACGUAGGGGCAUCGCACCCCUACACAGAGGAUGAUGCUCCUCUUGGGUACUCAAGGCUCAUGAGACUAGGGAUGGAGGAGGAAUUUCUCUGUAUUGAGAAUGUGCACGUUUCCGUAGAGAGGAGGGCACUGAGAGCUUGAUCUCAAAGACAUUCAAGCCACUGGCAGCCACUGACUUCUAUGCUGGGAUGCCUGUGGAAUUUUCCUAUGUGGAGAAAGGUAGGAUGGAACUGCGAUGUUAGAGGGAGCUCUCAGAAAUUGGACUAGGCCAAGUCUCCACUCUGUAUUUAGAGUUGAAUGUAAACUGAUAGAGAUAGAGAUAUAUAACUGUAUAACAUAGCUACUGUACAGUAUAUAGAGAUUUAACAUUCAUACAGUUUGGGGAAUGGUUAGAAGCCUUUCUGUUGCUUGCUUUCAGCAGGAACAGGAAGAGGUGCUCCUUUCCAGUAGAAUACUAUUUUAAUGCUAGAGUCCAUAUAAUGCACACAAAAAUAUUAAACAAAAAUUUUUUUCCUGUUAUUCUUGGCAACUCUCAUGUGUUUGGGUUUAUUUGUCUCUAGCUGUAUUUCCUCCAGAUUUGUGGGCAGAUUUGACUCCAGCCCGAGUCUGUCAUUUGGACCUUUUUGCUCCCUGCUAGCCCAGUCCUCCGCUACCACCCUCCCUUAAGUCACAAAUCACAGAUCUUCCUGGGAGGUCAUUACUUUUUCUGGAGAUACAGAAAAUUAUCUUCACCAUUUUUUUUCCCAUGGAUAGCUGUGCUAGAUUUUCCUCACAAUCGAUAGCUGCUGAGAACAGAGAUAACACCUCCCAGCCCAUGAGAUCUGUGCUGAGAACACAUCUUUUCACUGUGCAUGUUUCAUGACUUGCUCAUGGAGAAUUAUCAUCUCCAAGUAAAAUGGUAAGGUGGCUGAAAUAAGAGAAGAGCUGUGAUAAAUCAUCUCAUAAGCAAAGAAGAAUUUGUUCACUAAAGGCGUUUAACUCAGUAAUGGGAAUAACUGAAAGACUGCAUUAAAAAUUACACAUCUAAGCCAAGAGUAUUAAGAAAGUUUCUCUUUCAUUGAAUUUUUGACUUUUGCAUAGUUUCAUUAGGCACUGACUGUACAUCAUAUUUUGGUCAAAAAGAUGGAGCACUGGGCGCAUGGGCGACUCUAGGCAGUGUCUUCAUGUGCAAGCAGUCAAGUCUGCAUUUAGAUGGUAUUCCUAGAACAAAAGUGGCUGUGGCCCAAAAUACCCAUUAAACUGCCUCUGACAGCAUUCCAUCGUUCUUCAGGACUAAACCACACAAUGCAGGUUAUUGCACAGCACUAUUCCCUAGAAUCAAUGCUCCUUCCUAGCUAAUGCUGUGGUGGCCCUGUCUCAGACUGUUAUAAUGAAAACAGCCUCAGCCCUAGUGACUGUAGAUGUUUCUCCCAUCUACACAGGCCCAACCCUACUCUGGGUCAAGCUCUUGGCCUUUGCAUUGUCCCUCUAUUGGCAUGUUCUACCAUCUGUGUGAGCAGAGUACAAUAUAUGCCAUCGACUUUUUCUAAUUCAGUUUAUUCUUCCCUUUUCUUACAGUAUUGGAGUCUGCAGACAGACUUCCCCAUCUUCAUUAGCCUUUAUCCCAUACACAGAUUUAUCUCCCCUGCCAUUCCAACCUGAAUUGUCAUGGUGCUGUGGUGCUGGUCUCUGAAUGUUGCCUUCUCUUGUAAGCUGGGGAAAUGGUUUUAUAUAUAUCUCUAGCCAGGUCUGUUUCUCACAAAGCUGGACUAGCCACAAAGAAAGCUGACAGAAUCCCAUUUUAGACACGCGAUCAAGAGUUUGUGGCUGAUUUUCAUAAACUCUUCUGACCUGGAGUUAGAGUUAGAUGGCCUGCAGUCACUUCCCACACAAUGGUGCAUCUUGCUCAUUUUGCUGUCAUGUCUCCUGAGUACCAAUCAGUGUUGCAAGUUUUGAUGGCUGCUGUUUCAAGGCCAGGGCUCUGAUGCCUGAUCCCCAGCUUGAAGCAGUACCUCACUUUGCUGGGCAUAGGGAGCUGGAGCUCCCUGCAAGGGAAGCUGGUCACACUGAGAGCUUUCUGCAGCACCUGGAAAGCAAGGGUUGUUCCACCUUCCCGUCUCUCCUUCUCCUCUUUGUUCUCUGCCUCUAUUUCCCUUAUCGCUUCUCUUUCUUCUGUGUUCCUAUGUUCAUCUUGGAGCAAGAAACCUGGCAAGGAGGGCAGUGGGGCUGAAGUGGGGUGCUCAGUGAGGUGACACAUGGCAUUACCAAGUGGGGCUGGAGGCAGUUCUUGGCCCGUGUCUGCUCUCCUUUUCUCUCGCCCUCCAGCUCUCACAUGCUGUGGCUCCCUCAGCAGCCAAGCUCAGGAUUUUCUGAAGAGAAGAACAUAGCGGUGAGAGCAGGGAGGGGAAAAAGGCACCUCAGGUCAGUUUGUGCACUGUGGGAACAGCAGCUGCAUGUCUUGAGGUGGCAGUACCUCGUUGCAGAAACAAGUGAGAGGGCAGUGCUAUGGGAAAGCCUGGGGAGGCUGUUGGAAGCAGCUGCCGUGUCACCUGGAAGCUCCAUGUUGCCUGGAUCUUGUCCACCAGAGCACACAGCAUGAACAAAACGUGUUGUCAUCAGACCUCUCAGCUUUGGAGGGAUUCCUCAAGAGCACACAGUUGGCUGGGGUGUGGGCUUGUCCUUCACAGAGGGGAGAGAUGCCGUCAACCCAUCUGAAAAGAGCACCUCUUUUACGUAAAGAAUAGCUAGGUUGAAACCAAAAGGAAUUUUAUAAAGUUUAACUUUUAUAUACAAAUUGCUGGGUUUUUUAAAAAAAAAAAAAAGAAGAUUUUAAAGGUGCAUGAUCCCAUAACAUUUACUCCUGGCACCACAUGGUCUGACAUUGUUUGUCCACAGAAAAUCUGAAUUCCAUUUCUGGAUCUCCUCUUCACCUCCUGCUCUCUGACCUUCAGCAUAUUGCUUUGUCUCAUUCUGUUCCCUGCCAUCCUCAGCCCUUGUACACAGCAAGCUAGAAUAAACUCCCACAAAAUAGAGAGCUGGAUUUUAGUCCAUUCAAAAAAAAACUACAAAAAAAGGUGUGUGAAACAUCAUGAAUGAAUUUGAUUGCCUACUUUUGUUAUUAAUGUAAAUGAUUUUUUGAAAUAAAAAUGUUUUCAAUAAUA